AAAUAUUUCAUCAAAAACAAAAAUACAAUUCAUCUUCGAAAAAAAAAAACAUCAUGAGCCCGGAAAAGUUCAUCAAGAUCAACGGCGCACGCCCUUCCCCUCUCAAGAUCAACAAGGAAUCCCAUACCAUAUACAAGCCGUCCAAUCACCAUCAAAUGAAUCCGCCGCAGCGCCAUCAGCCGGUGAUAAUCUACACCCACUCGCCCAGGAUCAUCCACACCGAACCCCGCAACUUCAUGGCUGUCGUCCAGAACCUCACCGGCAUGUCCAGAUCAAACGACAACAAAAAUAAUCACAAAACGACGUCGUCGUCGUCGCAGCAACGACCAAUAUCAUCCCAAGAUUCCCAACCUGUAAUUUCCAAUUCUUCGACCUCCGAAGCCAAGUCCGACAACAACGAAUCGUCGUCGGUUUUGACGGAUGAGAUCAACAAUGGCAGUGAUCGUAAUUACACUCUCUCAAAUCCGAGCUUGGCGGACAUUCCGUUAUUCACUCCCAACUUCUUCUGCUCGCCUCGGGCGGCUUUUCGGUUCCCCGAUGCGACGUCGUCGCCAAAUCUCGGGAGUUCUUCACUAGUGUCGCCGUCGUUUCUGGAGUUCAUGAAAGGACUGCCAGAAUAUUAACAAAAACGACAUGCGUAG